AUGCCUUCCAACAUCAAUCUCGUCGAUGAGUAUCUCGCUAAAGGAACAUGGAAGACUGCUGAAAACGCAAACUCGACCUACUCGCAUCAAGGUUUGAUGCAAUAUGUUUCCAACCAAAUUAUCUCACAGUACUGGCUGGAAAAAGUGUACACUGACGAGGUCCGGCAGUAUGAUGGAGACAAUCGCUUUCACAUCCAUGACCUUGGAUUCUUGAGCGCCUACUGCUCUGGCUGGAGCCUUGAGGAUGUUCUUUUCCAGGGCUUUGGCGGCGUCGAAAACAAGAUCCAAUGUCGGCCUGCUAAUCACCUCAACACUGCUCUCAAUCAAGUUGUUAAUUUUCUCUUCACCCUGCAAGGUGAGCUUGCCGGUGCUCAGGCUUUGUCUAGCUUUGAUACGUACUUGGCGCCCUUCAUCCGGAGUGACGAACUGUCCUACUCCGAAGUUUUCAAAUAUAUACAAAGCUUUGUCUACUCUCUGAAUGUCCCGACACGAAGCGGAUUUCAGGCUCCAUUCACAAAUCUUGAUUUUCAAGAAGAGAUGGAUAUGCUGAACAAGGCGUUUGCGGAAGUGAUGAUGCAGGGCGACGGCAACGGCAACAUAUUCUCCUUUCCCAUCCCGACUUACAAUAUCUCCGAUGAAAUUGACUGGGAGUCGUCUCGUUGGGAGUCCAUUUGGCAGAUGACUGCCAAGUACGGCGUACCAUAUUUUGCCAAUUUUGUCAACAGCGAUCUCGACCCUGAAGACUUUCGCUCCAUGUGUUGUCGCCUGCGACUCGAUCUGAGCAAGCUUCAUUGCCGAGUUGGCGGUCAGUAUGGAGCAAGUCCGCUGACUGGUUCGAUUGGGGUAGUCACGGUCAAUCUCCCCAAUCUUGCUUACCGAUCAAAUGGGUCAAAGGAGAUCUUCAUGUCUGAGCUCUCAGAGACGUUGAGGGUCGCCAAGGAUUCGUUAGAGAUCAAACGAAGGCUUGUGGAAACAAACUCGGCUCUGUAUCCUUAUGCUGCACAUUAUCUUUCAGCAACUAAACAGCGGACAGGAUCGUACUGGACGAACCAUUUCAGCACAAUCGGAGUGAAUGGGAUGAACGAGGCACUGAUUGCCCUGUUUGGCAAGGGAAUCGGCGAAGAAAAGGACUUUGCUCUCCAAGUAUUGGAAUCCAUCAAAGGGAAAUUGCAAGAGUUCCAAGGAGAAACAGGCAAUCUCUACAACUUGGAAGCCAGUCCAGCAGAAAGCACGUGUUACAAGUUCGCCAAGAGGGACAAGGACCUGUUUCCAAAUCGUGAUGUACCUACAUUUUACACCAAUUCGACCAUGCUCCCCGUCGGAGCGACCGAGGAUAUCUUUGAGGCCAUGGCCCAUCAAGAAGACCUCCAGUGCUCGUAUACUGGUGGCACCGUCUUUCAUACUUUUCUGGGAGAACAAAUUUCAAGCUGGAGGCUGGCUCGUGGCUUGAUCAAAUCACUGACAAGCCGUUUCCGUCUCCCUUAUAUCACUCUGACACCUACAUUUAGUAUUUGCCCAACACACGGGUAUCGGACAGGUGAGCAACCGCAGUGCUCGGAUUGUGGUGAGCCUGCCCUGGUGUACUCCCGCAUCGUUGGCUAUUUUCGGCCUACUCGAGACUGGAACAGGGGCAAGGCGACAGAGUUUGCAGAACGCAAGACGUACAAUUACAAGACAGGCCUGCAGUACUCAGGGACUGAUAAGGUUGACAAUAAGUAUGAAGAAUUGGAGAGCCAGGUAGCCGGUAUCACCGACCUUCCCUUGGCGGGAUAUAUCAAGAACACUCUUGGUGAUUAUCCCGGCAAAUUGCAGGCCUCGAUUCUAUUCACAUCACGUUGUAAUCUGGCCUGUCCUUGGUGCCACAACGGUCCGCUUGUUGAAGGAGAGCGCGAAGAUGUGACGAUUCUCGACGCGUUCCGCCACAUCACAUCUACCUCUCACAAAUCACUGGUUAUCUCUGGGGGCGAGCCAACAAUCCACAAAGGCCUGCUUCCAUUCUUGCGAAUCCUCAAACAAGCUGGAGUUAGCGUCAAGCUAGACUCCAAUGGAACCUCACCUACUGUGUUAAAGCAAGUCUUUGACGAGAAUCUCGUUGAUUUUUUGGCGAUGGACAUCAAAUGCGCUUUGGAGAAUUACAAAAAGGUCACCGGUCGUAAAGUCAAGCCAAAAGUCCUUGAGGCCAGCAUCGAACUCAUCAAGAAUAGCGGAGUGCCGUACGAGUUUAGGACGACGGUGGUACCAUCUCUGGUGGACGUGGAAGACCUUUUCGAGGCGAAGCGAUUAUCGGGCCAGAAAUUGACCGUGCAGCGAUUUCGGAAUGGCGAGACGGUCUUGAACAAGGAGUUUCGAAAUCUCAAGGAACACACAGAUGGAGAAUUUGAAGCAUUGGUCGCUCAAGUGGCAUAG